AGCUGUCAAAACCACGCCUAUAGGGACCCACAAUUGGUCCAGAAAGCGUAAAAUCCGCAAUCAAAGGGGCUUGGUUCAUUAGUGUACGGACCGGAGCAGGAAAGACAUGUGAGAGUCACAGCUCCGCAGUGAACGAGGCAAGAACAAAUCAGUUUCAACUCCGUGUCCGCGGACGAUGACUGCUCUCGCCAGCGCACCCACAUCUUAAGGGCAAUCUUAUUUUUCUGAACGUGACUUUUGGAAAAAGGAAACUCUGAAUCUCCCUCCAGAGGGCUGCUACAUGACUGGUAUUAUUGUUACGGGGCUUCUAUGAAACAAUAACGUGGUAUUUAGGAAGCAGCUCUUUUCGCUUACGUUUUUUUUCACUUCGUAUACCCAGCGCUUGUCAUUCUUGGCACCGUAGUCGGUGCUGUUUCUGUACUUGUAACUGCAAGGCAAUACUUCAUUCAGCUGGAGACGUACUGGAGACACACUGCCUUCGCUGGGGGAAAACUUAACACAUGAUAAUUUCACCUCGCAUUUUGGAUGCACCGAUGAGAGAUCCAGCUUUCGCAGGGGCUGCUAUGGCUUAUCACCCAUUCCACGCUCAUCGGCCGGCCGAGUUCCCCAUGUCAGCCUUCCUCGCGGCCGCUCAGCCUUCGUUCUUCCCCGCGCUGACGCUGCCGCCCGGAGCUCUCACCAAGCCAAUCCCAGACCAUACACUGGCUGGAGCCGCGGAAGCAGGACUCCAUCCGGCUUUGAGUCGUCAUCAUCAGGCACAUCUUCGCACUCUAAAGAGCCUGGAGCCGGAGGAAGAGGUUGAAGACGACCCGAAAGUCACGCUGGAAGCCAAGGAUUUGUGGGACCAGUUCCAUAAAUUUGGAACCGAGAUGGUUAUAACCAAAUCUGGGAGGAGAAUGUUCCCUCCCUUCAAAGUUCGAAUAAACGGUCUUGAUAAAAAAGCCAAGUACAUCCUUCUGUUGGAUAUAGUUGCCGCUGACGACUGCCGUUAUAAAUUCCAUAACUCCCGUUGGAUGGUUGCGGGAAAGGCCGACCCGGAGAUGCCUAAACGGAUGUACAUCCACCCCGACAGCCCAGCCACGGGAGAACAGUGGAUGGCGAAGCCUGUUGCUUUUCACAAACUCAAAUUAACCAACAAUAUAUCGGACAAGCAUGGAUUUACUAUUCUGAAUUCUAUGCAUAAAUACCAGCCCAGGUUUCACAUCGUAAGAGCCAACGACAUACUGAAACUCCCGUACAGCACGUUCAGGACGUACGUGUUCCCGGAGACCGACUUCAUCGCCGUCACUGCAUAUCAAAAUGACAAGAUCACGCAGCUGAAAAUUGAUAAUAACCCUUUUGCCAAAGGGUUCAGAGAUACCGGGAAUGGGAGACGGGAAAAGAGAAAGCAGUUAACCCUUCCCUCACUGCGUCUGUAUGAAGAUCACUGCAAAAUCGACCGGGACGGCGGCGAGUCGGAUGCCUCCUCUAGCGAACCCACGGUUGGAAGGGACGCAUCACGCUCACCACUCGGACCUGUUUCCAGCCCGCCGAGAUUCACCCGAUUCAGUCGAGACGACAAAAGUUGCAACGACAGCGAUCAGGAACUAGACCAGCACGAGGGUUUUGCACCAGCGAGCAGCCUGGCCCCCGAGCCUCCAUCUUCUCUAAGUCCUAGAUGUGAGGAUGUUGUGAAGGACAGGUCGAGCACGGAGGAGAGAGGGGAGUAUCCGGAAUCGCGGAAACAGAACGAUUCGAUAUUCAGCAUCAGAAACCUAGAAAAGGAUAAGUCGGAAAACAGACACAGAAAAGAGACAGAGUCUGGCAAGAAGGACACGGACAGCGGAAGUCUUAGCGGGGGCAAGGAAGGCUUCUCCCCACUAAUGGUGCAGACAGAGAGUCCUUCACACCUCAGCGCGGGACACCUGCAGAGUUUGGCCCUUUCUGGUUUGCACAAUCAGCAGUUUUUUAACCCUUUAAACACCGGACAGCCUCUGUUUAUCCACCCGGGACAGUUCGCAAUGACUCCCGGAGCAUUCUCUGCUAUGGGAAUGGGGCAUUUACUGGCAUCGGUAUCUGGAGCUAGUGGCUUGGAGAACGGCAGCCUGUCCGCGCAGGGCACGGGCAGCACACCGAGCCCCUUCCCCUUCCACCUAUCACAGCACAUGCUUGCCUCUCAGGGUAUUCCAAUGCCUGCUUUUGGGGGACUCUUCCCAUACCCGUACACGUAUAUGGCAGCAGCAGCCGCUGCGGCCUCGGCUCUACCAUCCAACAGCGCGCCCACCUCACUCUCCAGGAAUCCCUUUCUGAGCAGCUCCCGGUCCCGCCUACGAUUCAGCCCCUACCAACUCCCCGUGUCUAUCCCUCAAAGCACAAACCUGCUCACCACCGGACUGCCAAGCAGCCUGACCGCGAGCAACGAAUCAUCGAAGCCCGGCAGCAGGGAGAAUAGUCCUGCGCCUGAACACCACAACCACAAACAUGGGGCCAGUCACAGAACCGGUUCCCCCAAAACAUCUUUGAAGGACUCCAUCAACGAACUCCACAAUAUACAGAGACUGGUCAGCGGGCUUCAGAGAGAGAGAGAAUCUUCCCCGAGUAGAGACUCCCCUAAGUGAUCGAGACAAGUUCUCAAAUCCAAUCUACCGCCUGGCUCGAGGCAUUCCAACACUCUGAGGAAAUAAUCUUGUAGGCUAUAUCACGCUGUAGAGUGUAUAAUUUGUGUUCGGUUGGACCAAAUGACCGACAGGAGACACAGGCCCCAUCUUAAAUUAUAAUUUAGGGGUACGCUUUCAUCCGGACAAAAGAACUGCCACAAUUUUCAAAAUGACAUAUUGGGUCCGUCAUGGUGUCCAUGUUAUGGUGGCUUCAGUAGGAAGGAAAAUUGAUGUAAAGAUUUUUGAGACGCCGACAAACAGCUGUCUUACUGAAAAGCGAAUUGGGGACGAAAGUAUUACCACUCAUGGGGCCAGUAAGACCUUCAGAGCCGCAGCAGAAACUGGUGAAAGGGUCACCCGUAUUAAAAAGUUACUCGCCGCGGUAAGCAUGAAGCUUGUUUAAAAUGAAGCAGUACGAUCAGGAAUGUGGUUGCUCAUUUACCCUCUCGGAACAACAGAAAUACGAUGGUGUUUCUCGAAGGAGGGUAGAUCAAACAGAUUAUGAGCUCUAUCCAAAAACACAUGUAUUUCAAAAGGGAUUUGCGAUAAAAUGUUCCGUUAUAAAACUGAUUUCUUUAACAGUUUGUGGACAAUCGGAUAAUUAUAUCAGAACUAUUUAUGUAAUUAAAAGAAAAGUAAUUUUGUAAAUAAGCUAAAAGGAUCCCAAAAUAUGCAAAUUGGUUUUAAUUUAUUUAAAGGUGUACAUUGCUGUGUAUAUAAUAUUAAGAGUUUAACUUGUUGCAUUUUUUCACUUUACAUAAACAUAUAUUGUAAAUGAAAAUUAUGUAGCGCUUGUUGGUUUGAAACAUAAUGUUUCUGUACCUGUGAUGCGUUGCUGUGUAUCCCGCUCGUGACACGUGAAGGACGCGUGCGUGCCAUUGUUGCAUUCUAGCAAUCGCCGACAAUACUAAUCACUAUUAAGGCUCCGAAGUGACCAUGAUUGUCCAGCGGGUCACGUGACGAGAGAAAACCUCAGGUUUGAUUUCACUCCAGCACAGAAGAGAUGUUUACAUUCCUCUUCAUGGGCGCUUUAUACAGGCCUAUUUAAAACUUAAAGCGUAUCAUUUAUGCUGGUUAUUCGGGUAAAUUGAAAUGUUUUGUUAAAUUCUUUCACAAUUUCAAUAAAA